GUCAAAUCAACCAUUUUGUUUUCGCGCAGUUGUUUCGAAUUUCACGCACUUCCAUUUUAUUUUUUCCUACCACGCCACCACCACACCACAUUUCAAUCGAACAUCAAACCUUAUCCGUCCGGCCGUCCCGUUCCCGUGCCGAUUAUCCGACCCACGACGAAACGAACCUACCAAACAAACAAGUUUAACUAGUGGAUCCGCAUCUGAAAGAGCUGAAAAUUUUAUACCACUCAAACGAAUGUGAGACGGGACUGUGUGGUGACCAACGUCGGUGUACCAACAAAACGCUACGCGAAUACCGUGUUGUGAUUGAAGAAGUGAAGUGUAGUUGAAGAAAGAAAGAAAAAAAUAUCAAAAAAUGGCCAGCGUUCACGAACAAACGCAAUAAAUAAAAUUACACACUAAAUUCAAACUUCAUAAAGUUCCCUUCGUUUUAUUUUAUAUUAAUUUUAUCAUAAUUUUCAUUUUAUUCUUCAAUUUUUCGAUUUUGAUUUAAAUAAGAAAAUAAGUUCCCAUUUAAUUUGGAAUGUGUGGUGAAAUCAAUUAGAAAUUUAUAUUUCUCUUUAUAAUUUUGUGAUCGAAAGAAGAAAUAAAAAUAAAAAAGAAAGAAGUGAAAAAUCUGUAGACGUGCUUUUUUUUUAAAUUCGAUUUUCCCCCAAAAAGCAAAGCAGUGAUUUUCAUCUAAAUUACAAAAAGGUUUUGUAACUUAAAGUGCUCCUCUUUUCUUCCUUCGUUUAUCUUCUUUUUUUCUUAAUAUUUAAAUAAUUUUGGAAUUCAAAAGAAUUGUGUGUGUUUUGAGUGAUGACUUGAGAAAAAAAAAGUCGAUAUAAAUUCUUUCGGUUUUUGUGCAACAAGAAUUAAGUAUUUGCAACAAAAUACAAAUAAAAAGAAGAAGUUUUAAAUGUUCAACACAACAACAACAACAAAAGAUCUCAUAUAUCCCUAUACUUAUAUUUACAACAUAAUAUAUUCGCUAAUUAAGUUUUGAGACCACAACAACAACAACGACGAGUGUAAAGUUUUGAAAUAAAGACGAAGCCAGGCAGCAAGAGAGAGAGAACUAGAGAGAGAGAGAGAGAAAUCAAUUAAUUUGCUUGGAAUUUUCAAACGCAAAUGAAAACUUCGCAUUUUUUGUCGUCCAACUACGACUUUCCUAGUCGCCCCAAUAUACAGGGCGAUUGCUAUCAACAGACAACUAACAACAACAACAACAUCAGUAACAUCAAUUGUCCAGAAAUAAUAAAUAACGAAUUCCAAAUUGUGUCCACAUCCACUUUGUCAACUUAUCCAAACGAUAGUAGUUGCCAUCAACAACAACAAUUAGACGAACAGCUAUUGCAACAGCAGCAUCAAGAACAGAAUCUUGGUUCGUCAUCAGACGCAGGAGUUGUUUCUAGUGUCUAUCAUCAUCAACAACAGCAACAAGAAAAUAGUAAUUUGAAUGAGCAAUACAUAGCUGAGGUGAAUCAUCAUCAACAAACUCCUCUUUAUCAUAAUCAAAUAGAAGAACAACAACAAAAACUGCUGCAGCAGGAGUACUCAUCAUCAACAACAGAAACAACAACAUUAACAGCAACUUCGUCAAGUGCAAGAAGUUCUGCUACCGCUGCCGCCGCCGCUGCUGCAACAAGCCAUCAUCAUCAUCAUCAGCAUCUUGUUAGCUCUGGGCUACAACCACCUCUAGUAGACUCUUUGCCGUCUCCCUUGGCAUCGUUGUCAUCAUCGUCGUUGUCCACGUCUACGUCCACGUCUUCGUCUUCGUCGUCGACGACCCACACUCAAGUUGUCGCUGCUGGUCAAAUUAAGGCCAGUAACAGUAAUGAUAGCGGCUCUGCUGUCACAUUGAGCGCAGCUUCUUCAUAUAACUCCAUACCGUCAGCUGUUGCGCCUACUCCCCUUCAACAACAACAACAACAGCUACAGCAACAAGUCGUAUCUCAUAACGGUAAUAUUGUGACAGGUAGCAAUAAUAAUAAUCAACAUCAACAGCGUCCCGGAAUAAUAUUUCUCGACAAGUCUGUUAAGUACGGGAAUACUCAGUUGUUGGUGAAGACAUCAUCCUCGUCAUCAUCAUCUUUAGCAUCAACAACAUCCGUAACAGCAACAGCAACAGGAGCAAGUGACAAGACAGAUAUACGUACUUUAACAAAUAAAUAUCAACAGCAUCAACAGCAACAGUUACAACUGCUACAACAACAACAGCAACACCAGCUACACAAGGCUAACAAAAGGAAGCGUGAUACAGACUGUGAUUGUGGUUGUGUUGACUCUUCAAAGUCUAGUGGUGUAAUCAGCACGACGGCACCCUCAACAGCAAACACGACAAACGCAAGCAACAUUUCCAAAACGGCGCAUACGAAAGUUGCGACCUCUGGGGGGCAUGCGAAUACGCAGCCCCCCAGUAAACGGUCGAGCAGUGGAGCUGAUGGUGACUAUCAAUUAGUACAACAUGAAGUUUUAUAUUCUCUUUCUGCAGAAUAUGAGGUUUUGGAAUUUUUGGGACGUGGCACAUUUGGACAAGUUGUAAAAUGCUGGAAACGUGGCACAUCAGAAAUUGUUGCUAUAAAAAUUCUUAAAAAUCAUCCAUCUUAUGCUCGACAAGGACAAAUUGAAGUUUCAAUAUUGUCCCGUUUAAGUCAGGAAAAUGCUGAUGAAUUUAAUUUUGUUCGGGCAUUUGAAUGUUUCCAACAUAAAAAUCACACAUGUUUGGUAUUUGAAAUGCUCGAACAGAAUCUUUAUGAUUUUUUGAAACAAAAUAAAUUCUCACCGCUUCCGUUGAAGUAUAUUCGACCGAUUCUUGAGCAGGUCUUAACGGCGUUGUUGAAACUUAAACAACUCGGAUUAAUUCAUGCUGACUUGAAACCUGAGAACAUUAUGUUGGUUGACCCUGUGCGGCAACCCUACAGAGUCAAAGUGAUUGAUUUUGGUAGUGCAUCACAUGUGAGCAAAACCGUGUGCAAUACUUACUUACAAUCGCGCUACUAUCGUGCACCUGAGAUUAUCCUGGGUCUGCCAUUCUGCGAAGCGAUCGAUAUGUGGUCAUUGGGUUGUGUGGUGGCAGAGUUAUUUUUGGGCUGGCCCUUGUAUCCGGGAUCGUCUGAAUUUGAUCAAAUAAGGUACAUAUCACAGACACAAGGUCUGCCCACCGAGCACAUGCUUAAUAGCGCAUCGAAGACCUCGAAAUUUUUCUAUCGCGACGUCGAAUCGACUUACCCUUUUUGGAGACUGAAAACCACUGAAGAGCACGAGGCUGAAACGAAUACAAAAAGUAAAGAGGCUCGCAAGUAUAUAUUUAAUUGUUUAGAUGAUAUUGGACAAGUUAAUGUGCCAACUGACCUUGAGGGUGGUCAGUUAUUGGCCGAAAAGACCGAUCGUCGAGAAUUUAUUGAUUUAUUAAAACGAAUGCUAACAAUUGAUCAAGAACGAAGGCUCACACCUGCCGAAGCACUUAAUCAUUCAUUUGUUAGACUAACACAUUUGGUUGAUUAUGUUUAUUGUAAUAAUGUCAAAGCCUCUGUUCAAAUGAUGGAGGUUUGUCGGCGUGGCGAUUUCCAUACAGUCCAACCAACGUCGACAUUGGUCACAAACUUUGUCCCGAACACAACUGAGAACAUGACGUUUACGAUUAACAAUCAACUGACAAGUCAAGUUCAACGUUUGGUCCGUGAUCGCCCUAUUACAUACGAAGGUCUCUAUCAGAUCUAUGGUGGACGCAAUGUUGGUCGUCAAUAUACCCAAGGUCGAACGGAUACUUUCCAACAUCAGUUGGUUUCGAAUAUUUUAUGCCCGCCCUCCUAUCAAGCAAUGCCGAGUCCCACCAAGCAUGUCGUCGUUGGAAGUGCAGCGAUGCAACCCCCUCUUCAAGUUCCUCCUCAACAAUAUGUGAAUGUGCCUGUGCCGGUUUCUAUGGUUGAACCAUCAUCUGGACAGCGAAUGCUUCUAACAAAUCGAGUGCAAGCCAGCGGUGUAGCUUGGCCAAAUAAUGGACGUCAAAUGGCAUUGGUUCCAUCAUGGCCCCAACAGGCACCAGCCCAUUCGUUAAUUGUUGAUUCCGCGCCAUUCCUUAACGUGGAAGAAAUCUAUCCCAAACAUCAUCUGAAUAUACCGCGAAAUGAACUCAAAAAAGAGUCUCCAGUGCAUCAUUUAGUUAAAGGAAAUUCUUACAGAGUUCCGCGUCACGAAAAGAAGGAAGCAAAUCAGUUGUCGCCGGUUAAGAAGCGAGUUAAAGAGAGCUCACCGCCGCACCAGCAGCGUUAUAAUCGUGCACACGUUUCGCCACAAUAUCACAAUCACGGUUCGCACAACUGUAACUAUUACAGUGGCAGUGGUGCAGCAAUUGUUGCUGGAUCAUCUAGCAAUAUUAUCAGUGGACAUCAUCAUCACGGUGGCAGCAGCAAUGGUGGCAAUGUUCAGCUCAUUGCCGCCGGUGGUCACCCGUCGUCAUCGUCGUAUGUUACGGCAAAUAGUGGAGGUCACCAUGUGGUCUCGUGUGGAAAUGGUGUUGUUGGCCAACCAAUGGGUCAUAGUGCGAUCGUGAAACAGCAGACGAUCACUAUUCACGACACACCGUCACCGACGGCAGUGAUUACGAUCUCUGACAGUGAAGACGAGUCGCCAGAUGUUCCCUUGGCAGCGAUACACAGUGGACAUCAUAAGUCGACAACGCAACGUGCACAUGCACAGUCCCAGACGAAUCCGUCAAUGUUGCAGACAUCUGCAUCGUCGUCAUCGUUAUCGUGCAGGAAUAACAAUGGUAGUGGUUUGCAAACCAACAACCAGCCUGCCCAUCAGGGCUCUUCUUCGUCUGCAUCGAGUAUUGUGCAACAUCAUACACAGCACCAGCAGAUACAGCAACAACAACAACAGCAGCAUCAUCAACAACAGCAACAAUUACAUCAUCAACAACAACAGCAACAACAACAACAGCAGCAGCAGCAUCAGCAACAUCCCCAACAACACCAGCCACAGCAACCACAUCAACAACAACAGCAGCAACAAGUUGCACAACAGCAAGUUGCUCAACAACAAGUUCACCAACAGCACCAUCAACAACAACAACUUCAACAACAGCAAGUGCAACAGCAGCAGCAACAACAACAGCAGCAACAAGUUGCCCAGCAACAACAGCAACAGUCCCACCAUCAGCAGCAACAGCAACAGCAGCAGUUGCAACAGCAACAACAACAUCACGUGGCUAGUAGCAGCACAAGUUACCACAACGGUAAUAACCAAAACAUUAAUCAUAUAUCUCAUGUAGCAGGCUCUCAGCAGCAACAGCAACAACAACAACAAAUGAUUCAACAUCAUAAUAACAAUAGUAGCAAUAGCCUAAGUAAUCAUUGCUCCUCCUCAUCUGGAGGCGUCGGCAUAACGCAUCACGCUAGUGCCUCGAAUCCAGGUAUCAUCCCAUCCCACCACCAACCUUCAUCCUCCUCAUCUGCAUCCACAUCAGCUUCAUCUAGUAAGCAUCGCAAAAAUGUAAUAUCAUGCGUAACCGUAGGUGACAGCGACAAUGAGGACCAUCGACGUGGCGGCAACGGCGGCGGCGGAGGUACUGGCAACAGCCCCAAGUAUCAACACGCCACCAUCAAAUACGAGCCGGGACAAUCGCAGAAGAAGCGCAUCCUCGCAAUGGCCCAAAACGAAUGCUUUUUAUCGCAGGCCGCCAGCAGUUCCGCACCAAAUUCCUCAUCGAAUUCUGGUUCAAUAGCAACUGCAAUUGCCUCAGGCUCAUCAUCAUCGCAACUAAUGCAGCAGCAACAACAACAGCAGCCCAUUCAACAGCAACAGCAGCAGCAACAACAACAACAACAGCAGCAACAGCUGCACAUACCGAAGCAAGAACCACUCGAGUUCUAUGAAUAUCCCCCACAAGUAGAUAAACGCUCAUCGUGGGCACCGCCAGCUCACCAUAACACUCAUCACAAGCGUGAGACGUCAUCUUCGUAUAUGGUGGCUCAGCAGGCGGCUCCACCACCAAUGGCGCAUUCAAAGACGUCAGCAGCAGCUGCUGCCGCAGUUGUCUCAGCUGCCAAUACUGCAACUGUUGCACCGUCUUGGGGUGCCCCAAUCUAUCGACAGCAGCAGCAUCAGUCCAAUACACCAAUUGGUGGCUCGCCAGCAGCUAUCUUGCAGCAGGAAAUCUACGCCCAAGGCGAUAUGUACCGUAGACCGACAGUGUUUGUGUCACAGGCUCCAUAUCAGAACUACAAUCGUGUAGUUCCGCCGCCAGCACAUAAUGCCUCCAAUAGACAGGUACUCCCAGCGCAUCCCCUGCCAGCGCAUAUACAAUUCCCAACACAGUACAGUCAAUUUGGUCCAUUAAGUCCAGCACAGGUAGCCAGCAAACAUGCCCAUUACGCACCUGCGAACAUAUGGUAUGGAGAAUAAAAUGACACACAAUCGAAUCGUUUCUGAAUGGUUCAGAAGUUUUUGGUAAAUUUCUUCGAAACCAACAACACCAUCAUCAUAAUCGCAAUCAACAAUUUAAACAACAACAACAGCAAGAACAAGAAAAUGUACAAGAUCAACAACAACAAAUAGAAUUAAACCAACCAACAAAUAUGCAAAUAACGCAAUGGUGGUUUACGCUGCUCCAACAAACAAUUAAUUUGAAAAGUCAACAACAACGACGACGACGAAGACAGCAAACGCGAAUGGUGACGUCGACGACUCCUCAAAUUCGAACAAGAAAAAGAAUGAGAUCUGCCGAAAAGUGUUAAAAAAAUAAAAAUAUUUAAAUUAUUUAAGAAGAAGAACAAACAAAGAAACAAAUCAACAAAAAUGAUGAAUGACAAAAAUGUGUGUUGGCAGAAAAAGUUAUUUUAUUCGAAUUUUAAUGUCUGUAUUUUUUUUUUGAUAAGAAGUGGCACUUUUACAAAAGGCCCAUUUAAUAUUAGAUUUUAUUUUGUAUUUUGUGGUGAACAAAAAUUGUGUAAAUUAGUAAUACACAAAUAAUUUGUCUUUAAUAGUUUUUUUUUAAAAUAUGAAACUUUAACUCCACAAACUUAUAUUCAUAUUCGUCAAAAGGGGAAUUUAUUGUUUAUUUAAAUUUUAAAUACUAUUUCUUUCUUGAUGAUCUUAAAAACAGAAGAAAAAAUAUAUUUAACAUAAAAUAUUUUGUAAACAAAUUCAUGAAUAUAUUCUAUGCAUAUUUUUAAAUGAAUAUUCAACAUUACACACACACACAACAAAUUAAAAAACAUUUAUUAAAAUUACAACAAAUUAUUGUUAUAGGAAUUAUAUUAUUAGGCUAUAGUGGAGUUUAUUUUAUAAACAAAUUGUAUAAAUUCUUCUUUUUCUUCUUUCAAUCAGUGUAAUUGUAAUAUACUAAUAAUUCUAGUUCUUUUUUUUUUUCUUUAUUAUUUUUUUAAACAUCUUUAUCUAUAAAUAUAAAUCUUAUCACUAUUUCUAAGUUCAAACAACAACAAACAAAAAUAACUAUAUUUAAUAAUUAUCAUAUAUAUAUUAUUUUUUUAAUUCACUACAAAUACUGGCAAACAGGCAAAAGAAAACGUAUUAACAAUUUAUUUCUUAUAAACAAAAUACUUGUUUGCAAUCACGCAAAAAUCUAUGUAUUUUAAAAAAAACGUAGUUAUAGUUAAAAUUAAUACGAUACACAUUUCGUAGAGCACAACAUGGAUAGUAACAUGGGCUAAAUGUUUUCUCUUUAUUCUUUUAUAGGAUAAUAGUUUAUGAAGAACAAUUAUACACAAUUUAAAUUAACAAAACAACAAAAUAUAAGUGUUUGAAUUUAACAUUAAAAAUUAACAUUAACUGAAACGAAAUGGAAAUUAUUACAUAUAAAUAUAUUUUAAUUUUUUCUUCUUCGUCGGGAAAGCGUAAAAUGAUGUGAAAAAAUUAUAGAAAUUAGAAAAAAAAAAGUUCUUUAUAUAUUUUAUUUUUUUUUCUUAACUAAUUAAUAAACAAAUAAAUAAGUAGUUAGCUUUUUAGUGUGAUGUGUAUAACUAUUAUAUAUAUAUUGUAUACAUGAGAAAACAAAAAAAAAUGUUAACCGAUUCUAACUGUGGAUUAAAGAAACUGCUUUUAAACAAAUAUUUUUAAAUAAUAUAACCAACCAAGUAGAAAUAAUGAUAAUAUAAUGUUUAUUAUUUUUUUUUUCAUUUUCUUUUUUAAGUGGAAACCCCUUAGCAUAGUAAUAUUGUAUUGUAUUGAACAAAUUAGAAUUCUAAUAAUGAUAAUAAUAAAAUAAAGUGUAAAAAUUUAACAAAACAAUGUACUUUGCAAAAAAACAAACAAACAAAAUAUAGAUAUAUAUAUAUAUACUAAAAAUAAACAAAUAAAACAAAAAAAAAUAUAAUUAUAAAUAACUAUUAUGAAGAUAUAUUAAUGUGAUGUAGUUUUAUAAUGAUCGUCUAAACAAACAAACAAAAGAAACAAAACAAUACUUACUAUUAUAUUAUACAAACAAACAAAACAAAAAUACAAAUAUAUAUUAUAUUUAACACUAGUAGUAGUAGACUUUAAUUAAAACAAAAAAAAAGCAAAACAAAACAAAAUGUGAGACAAAAUGCGAAUUAUUAUUAAAAAAUGCAAAAGAAAAAAAAAAGAAAAGAGAUGUUGGUUUAACAAUUUAUACAAGACAUUAAUUAAAUAAAAUUUAAAUAAUACGAAGUUAAUUUUAAAAUUAAUAUCUAAAAUACUAAAAUGUAUACCUAUUACAUAUAAAUAUAUAUAUAUUAUAAACUUAAUCUAUUUAGAUGAGAAAAUAAAACAAAAAACCUAAAACAAAAUCAAAAUAAGUGUAAACAAAACAAAAAUUUAUUAACAACAAGAAAAAAUAGAAACUUUUAUUUAUUUUUUUUUAUGAUUUGGGUAUUGUAUAUCUAUGUAUGUAUGUAUUAUGAGAAGACAACUUUAUAAAAAAAAAGUGGGUGGAACAAGUGGGGGAAAAACUCAGAAUUUUAAGUUUUUUUUUUAGAAAAUGUGGAUGGUUGUGUGGAGAUUUGGGCGGAGACCAGUGGAGAAAUUGGGGGAUGAGCUAGUAAAUUUUCUACCAAAGUUAUUUUCUUUUUUUAAUUGUUUUGGAUAGUUUAAUUUCGUUAUAUUUUUUUAUCAUCUAAUUUGAAUGAUGUAGUUUAUUUCUAGAAAUUCGAAAUUUUUGGGUCGAGAAGUUUUGAAUGAAAAGUUGUUGGAACAAAAUUUCACAGAGGCUUCAAUUAAAUUUAGUUUUAAUUUGAAUUGAUUUUGAUUUGAUGAAAACAUACUUACAUAUUAUGUAACUCAUAUUAGAGGGUCAUUCGCAUGAUUUCGAAAAUUGUUUAGAUUUAACUGCCAAAAAAAGAGAAACAGUGUAAAAACAAUAGAACCUAAGGUUUUUAAGGAUAUGAAACAAUUAAAUCCCUUAAGGUACCCCACAAUCUACAUAACUACAGUGUUUUUCAUACCAAACAAUAUUGAAACUGCAUACUUACAAUAAUUCAUUCCAAAUUUUGUAUGUCUUACCGUUAUAUGAAUUUUAAACAAUUUGGAGAAAAAAAAAUAUACUAAAAUAAUUUCAUAUAUUUCUAAAUUCAUUUUAAGACUGACGUCAGGUGGAAAAACACUUGAUUUUUUAAGUUUUGAUGGAUUAAAUCAAUUUUAGAAUUUAUGAGGGUAAUGAAGAGCUCUUAUUUCGUUAAUCUACCAACAAAAGAAAUGAAUUACGCUGAAUUUUCAGUAUUAUAAGUACUGUAACCAGAAGCUGACAUUAGUUCUAAAAAGUAGGAAAUAAGUUUGUCUUUGUCUAAUUUCAUUAAAAAGUAUUUCAUACCGGAAAACUCUUUUCAGUCAAUUUCCUGACAAAAUUUUAUACUAACUCGAGUCCAAGAAAACUAAAUGAUUCUAUUGCUUCUAUUUUACUCUUUGAUAAACAGGGUCCUACUCUGUAAUGAGUUUCGAAAGCCAAUCCGAUUCGAUUCGUUUAUGAAUACAUCAAGUACUUUUUCUAUUUAUAGAAUAGAUUUGCCGAGGCUCGAAGUAAUUCUUAUGAGAUUUGUCAAAGUAAAUAUACAAAAAAAAUCAAAACAAAUCACAAAGAAGACGAGGACAAAAUUUAAAUUAAAAUUCAGUCAUUAUUAUGACUUGAGAGUCGUAAUGACUUUUUUUUACACUUCACUGCUUUGCAAUUUCCAUAUCUCUCAUUUUAAUUGAAGCUUAGAAAGUUUAAGCUAAUUGUUUUCAUAGUCAUUUCGCUUUUUUGUGUUGAAAUUUGUCUUUUGCCAAAGUAUACUUCUUUUCCUUCGAGUCAUACGAAUUCCACCAUAUUUUCAAAUUGCUUUUGCUUGGUAUGCACAUUUUUCGCUGAUGAUUCCCUGUAAUGGGAUUUAUUUGCUUAAAUUUUUAAUAAAAUUAUUAUUUCCUUAUUUAUAUUUUAUCUAUUUCACACAACUUAACACAAUUUUUCUUUUGUGUCCUUUGAAAACGACCUUCGAAUUGCAAUUCGUUAUCUUCCUUGGUAUAGAAACAAAAUUUUCGUUUUCGAACGCUAAUGACAUUGGAAACGCAUUGCCUGGUUCGAAAAAUCCGAAUGCUGAUUUGUCAUUCGGUAAGUUCUAGAUUUCUUAUCCGUAUUAGAAAUAGAGAGUACAAAAUAUUCGCUUUCAAAAAGCAUUACAGAGUAUGGCCCGGAGAUUCAAAAAAUAACAACUGAAUAUGUUUUUAAAACGUUUUUAAAAGAAGCAUUAAGCUGGUUUCAUUUUAAUAACUAUCCAUUUUUCAAAAUAACAAUCAUCUCCAGACUAAACUUUAUUCAGGCCGUGAUGGGAUUUAGGUUUAUCUACGAGUUUUUAUAUUAUUUUGAAACAUUUAUCUUGCUGUUACUUUUAUAAAAUUGUUCGAGUUUUGAGUGUGCUAUUGAAAAAGAAAAUAUUUAGGAUCAUUUUAUUGAAACUUUAAAGUAAUUUUCAGCUUUAGGUUUUUCAGACAUUUUACUAAUUAUUGAGGUUCUUUAAAAUUAGUUUUAAAAUGGUUACAAUUUUUAUGUUCUUAGAAAAUUUUAUUUAAAUAUCAAUCAAAUUAUAAUUCAAAAACUAAUUUCAUUUAAUUGGACGUCUAAAUCAAAUGUUUGAACAAUUUGAAACCUAGAAACCGUUUCGAAACUAGUUUUGCAGCUAAACUAUUUUCAAUAAUGCAAUAUCUCAAAUAAUUGCCAUUUAAAUAAAAAUUAUAAAUUCAAAAUUUGAAAUCUUUUUAAAACUAGUUUUGGUGUUAAAUAAGUUAAAAAAAAACAGGAUUUAUUCAUUUCCACUUCAUUCAUCAUUCCAUUUUUUGGGUAUCAUUUUUUAACCUCACGUUUUCAUAAUACUUUCGGCCUUUAAUUAAUACUACCAAAAUCCUCAUCACUAACUCCAUCGCAAUCUAUUUGGGAAACUUGUAUGUAUUUGUAUACCCAAUAAAAAACUUUUAAAAAAUCCUUAGGUAAUGCAAAACUUGUUAAGAUUUUCCACUAGAAAUUUAAUUGUUGUUAGUUUUUGGUGCGAGGAAUUUGUGAUACAUCUGAUUUUUUAAAUUUUAUACAAAUUAAAAAAUAUAUUUGCCAAACAACCGUCGCAUAAUUUGAAAGGAAUAAAAUGAUGAAAGGAUUGUUUGUUUUCCAGGAUUUAAACUCAAGGACUUAACUUGGGAAUUUUGAACUUUAUUUCUUGAAAUCACAUGAAUACAUUAAUACCUACUAGUUUUUCAGAACUAAACAAAUCAGUUUCCUUAAUUUUGAAACAAGUUAAAUCAAAAAUCGUUUUGCAUAGAAACUGCAUGCAAUAAGUUCUUUGUAACAAAGCAAAUUAAAUUUAAAAAUUAAAUAACAAAUUUGAAGCAAUUACUGCUUUUUGUAUUCAGCGUAUUGUUGUUUGACUCUUCUCUAAUUUAAUUUAAGCUACGUUAAGAUGAUUCAUUGAUAGGAAAUAUUCGUCAACUACUUUUCUACUUCCGAAUAUGCAUUCGUUUAGUUUUAGCAAACAAAUAACAAAGUUUUGUUUAUGUACAUAAAAUUAAAAUUUCGUUCAAUUUUUCCAAUUGGUUAUAGCUAAAUUAUUUAUUUUUUAGUUUUAAACAUUGUAUAGGUACAUACUUAACUAUGUAUACAUUUUUCAAAAAAAAUCUUUCUAACUAUUUGAAUAAUUUUGGGUUUAAGUGUUAAUUUCUAUUAGACAAAUUUGAAUAGAAUGGUUUGUUUUAAGUUUGAAGCUGUAUGGACAUUGUAAUCGUAGUUUCAUUUUUAUUACAAUCGAAAUACUUCGAAUGAUAACAGUUUCGUAAACGAACAUUUGUUGAACCAUAAAGGAAGCAAGUUUAUGUUUUUUAUUUUAUUUUUAAAUUCAAUCCCUUCCUGCUGGUCUUCGAAUGCUCUGCGUAAUCAAUCAUCUCACGAAAAAAUUGUAUCUAAUUAUUAUUAUUAUUACUAAAAAAGGGAAAAAUCGUAUUUAAAUUUAUGUAUGUAUGUACAAAAUUGUAGAUAUAAACUUUAACUAUACGUGUUUAUUCCGAAAAAAUUAUAGGGUUUCAUGGACCACAAAUAAUAAUAUACUAUAUUAUAUCUAUGUACCAUUACUAUAGUGUUGAUAGUUUUCUUUUUUUUAAUCUGUUUCGAUUUCAAGAAGGAAAUCAAUUUAAAAACAAAUAUUCAUCGUUAAAAAUAAACAAAUCACAAUCUUAGUGUAAACUGAAUUCAACACAUAGUUAUUUCUUUCUCUCAGUUGUUUAAUUGAAACAAACUUACUACUUUGCAAUUUAAAUUUACUACAGAACACAUAAAACAUACAUAAAUAUCAAAUAAUCUUUUUUUAGUAGAUGCUAUCAUUAAACAACAAAUAAUAGACUUCAAAGUAUAUACAAACAUACAAAUAUUAUAAAACAUAAAUAUUAUUAUUGUUAUAAAUUCAGAUUUUACACAAUUUUGUUUACUGCUGAAUGGACUAUCGCUUUCUAAAAAAUAAACAUAAACAAAUCAAAACAUAAUCUUUGCAAUACAAUUUAAACAAAAAUAUACCUACAUUAAAAAUAUCUCCUUAAUAUUUGUACACCGAGAUUUAUUAAUUUUUUUAACAAAUAUUUUAUUGAUUUCUUCUUUUUUGUUUCUUAUUAGAUUUAUUAAAAAUAUUUUUUAAAUAAAACUUGUGACUAUUCAUAGACUUAAGAUGAGAAACAAUAUUACACAAUUAUUUAAAAUAAUAAAUAAAUAAAAGAAAAUAUCUUGAUUAGACUUAUAUAUGUAUAAAAUUAUGAAUUAAUGCUGAGUUUUAUAAAAUUAAUUUUCUAUUUUAAAUAACAAUAUUAUUAAAAAAAAUAAACAAUAAUUAUUUGUAUGUCAAUUUUGUGUUUUAGUAUAACAAAUAAAAUAAAUAAAUAACAAAUUAUUAUUUAGUUAACUAUUAAAGGGAUUUGUAUACUGUUUUAUUAUUAUUAAAAUUAUUAAUUAAUACCAGAAACAACUAAAACUAUAUAAAUACGAAAGUUAUUACAUAUAUUAUUAAACAAUUAUCUUUUUUUUGUCUUGCAUGUACUGAAAAUUUUUAAAUAUAAAUUAAACUAAAAAUAAAAUUAAACAAAACAAAACAAUUAUUUUACACAAAUAAAAUAGAAAUACCUUCAAUAUUUUAUCUUAAUUAAUGUCUUCAAAAAAAAUAAAUUUUAAAAAAUAUUAUAAUUUUGUUUGUGUUUGAUGCUUUGUGCACUAUUAUAAUAAUAUAAAUAUAUAUUCAACCUAUUCAAGUACUAUUAUACAAAUAAUUUUAAUAUGAUAUAUAUUUAAUGCAAAAAGAAAAGAAGAAAAUUAUUACUUUUAUUUUUAAUUUUAUCAUUUUGUCUUAUUAUUUUUAUUUUCGUUGGAAUUUAUGGAAUAUCUACUGCUUAAAAAAAGAAAAAAGCAAAAAAGCAAUGAAGCAAAACAAAAUAAAAAAAAAAACAAGAAAUUAAUAAAUAGUAAGCAUGAUUAUUGAAAAAAAAAAUACAA